AAAUGUCGGGAUGGCCAGGCAUACAACUUUGUUGGCAACUGGGUCACCCGCAAAUACAAUGAGGUGCAGGGUUCGGAAAAUGAUGAGAGCACAGUCCUAAAGCUUAAGUCGGCCGUGGAGAAUCUCAAGAUCGACUAUAUCAUCACUGGUGGCUGGUCACAUAAGGCAGCGGCCGAAGCUGAGCGACUUUUUGGCUCGGAACAUGUCAACAUCGUGGUUGAUAGUCGUGAAGCAAACGGUGGCAAGUUUGGAACGAUCCCGAAUGAGGAUACCUGGAAUCUAUCUCACGAUGCUGCUAUGGUUUAUUACUGCGAUAUGAGACUAAUGAGACUGUCCAUCCAAGGACAGCAGAUCCUAUCCCAAAGGAAAGCUCAACUUAUCUAUGGCGCCCUUGAGGUUUAUCCUGCCAUUUACCAGAUCAUCCCUGACAAAGCAGUACGAUCACGCAUGAACAUCUGCUUUAGGAUCAAGGGUGGCGAUGCUGUCGAAGAAGCAUUUUUAAAGGAUGCUACUACUAUAGGGCUGACUGGACUGAAGGGUCAUCGCGAGCUGAAAGGUAUUCGGGCAUCUAAUUAUAACUCGAUUUCUCUCGAGGGUGCGGAGAAGCUUGCCAACUUUAUCAGCGCGUUUGCAUCACGGAGUUAG